CUGGACAACAUGUUCGACGGUUCUACCGAACACGCUGCGGACGCUGUUGAUUUCGAGGACGAGGAUGAGCUGGCUGAAGAAGAGGAAGAGUUGUCUAAAGAGGGGGCAGAAAAAGAGCCCGACAAGGAAGAAGAACCAGACGAAGACGAUGAUUUUAUGAAAGAGCUCCAGCAAGAGGCGAUGGAGGGCGUUGAGGACGACGAGGGAGAGAAUCGCGGAGGGUCAAUAUUUGACAACAAUGUGGCAAACAUUGGACUGACAGAUCUUGAUUACGAGCAUACGCAGGGUUUAGACGAACAUGAUGGGAUGAGCUUUGCACAUGGAUCAGAAGAUGAAUACGAUGCCGAGACCAGAAAGGCCUUGUCCGAGAAAAAACGGCUUGAGGCGAGACAAAAGUUGCUGAGGUUGUAUUAUCCAACGUUCAAGCGCGGCAAACCAAUACGAAUGCAAACUCUUUUCCCGAUCAUUCCGUUGCGAUACAGUUACCAAGCUCCUCCGCCAAUCAAGCGUCCAUUGCUACCCACAAAGCUGACUUUCGAGUUCCAAACAGACACCAGAAAAACAUUCAGGAAUGCCACCAAAAUGUCCACUGCACAAGAGUCCAAAACACAGCAAAGAAUAAUUGAAAUCUCCGAAACAGAUUUACAGAGCGUACAAGUAGAGCCUGAGAAACACGAGGUGGCCAAACAAACAAUACAAGAUUUUGGCGAGGACAUUGCAAUUGCAACAGCAGACUGGGACGACGAUCAGAUUAUUGAAGGAUACGAAAUUGAUAUACCUGCCACCAAGCGACUCAAGCUUGACUGGGUGGAUUCCGAUGGGUGGGAUGAUGAAGAAGAUGAGCUCAUUUUUGAAGGAUCAUUGAAUACCGAAUUGUUGAACCUUAAGCUAGAUCAGAAUGAUCCACAUAUGCUGUUCGCCAAAGAGAGAAGCCAAAAGGAAGAAGUGGCUGCCCGCAAAGCCAUUUUGGCCAAGAUUCCGUCGAACGAAAAGACUCUGGAAUUGCGCUUCAAGAUUUCCAACGACAAAGAAUACGAUCAACUAAGAAAGAGCUACCGAACUAAGGUGAGAGCCACAAUCGGUAAUAUGAAUAUUGACCACUCGAUGCCCGCCCUUAAGUUGCAGUUUCCCUACUAUAAAGUCAGAUUAUCCGAGAAAGAGAUGCGGUUCCCUCAUAGACCGCAGUUUACUGUUCGUCCGAAUACAAUCAUGGUUUUUUCUAAGGUGAAAACAAGAAAGAAAAAGAGAGAUAAAGGGAAGGAACCACGCGAGAUAUUUAGAGAGUCUUCUGAUUUGACAUUAGGAGACUCUGCAAAUUUCUUCAUGUUGGAAUACAGCGAGGAAAAUCCCAUCGUGCUCAAUAACUUUGGUAUGUGUUCUAAGCUGAUCAACUACUACCGAAAACUCAAUGAUGACGAUACAAUGCGUCCCAAACUCCCUGUGGGAGAAACACACGUGUUAGGCUUACAGGAUAGGUCUCCGUUCUGGAACUUUGGAUACGUGGAGCCAGGACAUAUCGUGCCUACACUGUACAACAGAAUGAUCAGAGCACCUAUUUUCAAGCACGAUCCACUCAGCACCGAUUUCCUACUGAUAAGAAGCUCGGGAGGAGGGUCUUCACAGAGAUAUUUCCUUCGCCCAGUUAACUACGUCUUUACAGUUGGCCAGACGUUACCGGUGAUGGAGGUUCCUGGACCUCACUCAAGAAAAGUGACGGCCACUUCCAAGAAUAGACUCAAAAUGGUUGUCUAUCGUGUUUUGAAUCGAAACGAGGAGCGCAGAUUGCUGGUCAGAGAUAUUGCAGACCACUUCCCCGACCAAAACGACAUGCAAAAUCGUCAACGAUUGAAAGAAUUUAUGGAAUAUCAGAGGAGCGGAAAUGACCAAGGUUACUGGAAGGUCAAGCUCACAGAUACCCUUCCGACUUACGAGGAGAUUAGAAACAUUGUUUCACCCGAGGAUAUUGCUUUGCUGGAUGCUAUGCAGGCCGGUAAUCAGAGAUUAGAGGAUCUAGAGUCCUAUAAACGAGAAAGGCUGGAAGAUGGAACUCCAAAUGCUAGUCUCACCAUUCAAUCACCUGCCAAUGAGGCAGGAUCGAAAAAAGAGCGCGAUCUCAUGGCAAACGAUGGUCCUCUUUCCGUGCAGCUUGCACCGUGGAAUAUCACACGAAAUUUUGUUGCUGCCACUCAUGGCAAAGCCAUGCUUCAGAUAUACGGUGAGGGAGACCCUUCAGGAAGAGGAGAGGCAUUCUCGUUUUUGAGAACUUCCAUGAAAGGAGGUUUCAUUAAAAAUGCGGCAAAUCUGAGUGAAGAGAUUGUGCUUCCUCCAAAGAACCCUGAUAAAGAAGAGAAAAAGAGCAGCAUCACGCACACAUAUAACGUGGCGAUUCAGCAAAAAAUAUACGAGAAAGAAAUUGCCAAGGUUUGGUUCAAACAAUGGAAAGCUCUCAGCAAAACCAGAAAUAGCGAUAAACCUCGCCCAAUUGAUCCAAGUGAGCUGGACGACACACGAAACUUGAACCUAGCAAAUGAAACUCUUAACCGGGAAGUGGGAGGAACAGAAAAGCCACGCUAUCUCAAAAUUGUGAGAAUGGUCAAGGACUCAUACGGAAUCUUGCAGAGGCGCGUGGAAAUUGUCAAAGAUCCGAAAGUGGUGGAACUGAAAAUAAAAAAGUCAAAAAGAAGUUGGAGGAAGAGCUUGCUAAACUUCAAAGAAUGCAAGAAAAGAGAAAGAAAAAGGGUCUUAAUACGAUCAAUAUCGAUAGCGAGGGCCGCAUCAGCGGCAAGGGUAUCGGAAAAGGCAAGUCCACUAGCAGAAGAUGCGCUACAUGUGGUGCUUUGGGACACAUCAGGACCAAUAAAACUUGUCCGUUGUAUUAUACUGUCCACAACAAAUCCAAUCCUAACUACAUUCCAGGAACGGAAGGAGCUGUUGACUUGUUGCAGAAUGACAACGAAGCUACUCCGCAAAAUGAAACGCAAGCUAUAUAAUUACAGUCUUGCGCAUGUUUAUAGUAAUUAG